AUCGACCACUUCCUUUGAGCAGUUUUGGCGCGAAUCUCCAUACACCGUGACAGUCACUGUUUGUGACAUUCUCGGCUCGACGGUUACAAGUCUGUUUGUUAUUGAUACAAAAAUCAAAAUUCUUUGCGAGUUUUUUUACGGGCUUUGAAAAAUAGUUAACUCAAUCAUGGGCGAGGGACUGUUAGAUCUGUGCGAGAAGUAUUUUGGAGCACGCGACUUCUACGAUGUUAUGAAAAUUCCGAAAAAUGCUACCGAAAAACAAAUCAAAAAAGCAUAUCAUAAAUUGUCCUUGUUGGUUCAUCCUGAUAGAGUUGAUGAAGACAUUAAAGAAGAAGCAACUGAAAAAUUCAAGGUAUUGGGAAGAAUUCAUUCUAUCCUAAGUGAAAACGACAAGAGGAAAAUAUAUGAUGAAACCGGAGAGUUUGAUGAUGACAGUGAAUCAGUUGUUAUGAGAAAUUGGUCAGAUUAUUGGAGAUCAUUAUUCAAAGAAAUCACAAUUCAAGAUAUAAAUAAUUAUGAAAAAAAUUACAAAGGAUCUGAAACUGAAAUUAAAGAUCUGAAAAGAGCUUAUUUAGACAGUAAAGGUGAUAUGAAUUAUAUUCUUGAAGCAGUACCUUUCACAAAUUGCGAAGAAGAGCCCAGACUUCAUUCCAUCAUAAGAGAUCUCAUAGAGAAAGGAGAAGUUCCUGAAUAUAAACAAUUCACAGAAGAAGAUGAGAAAAAGAGAUUAAGAAGAAAAAGAAGGUGGGAGCAAGAAGCUAAAGCAGCUGAAGAUUUAGAUAAAAUGCGAAAAAUUGAAAAAGAAGAUUUCGGAGACGACUUGGCUCUUUCCAUUAUAAAUAAAAAUAAGGCAAGAGCUGCAGAAUCUAAUAACUUUUUUGAUUCUCUCAUAAAUAAAUAUGCAAAAGCCGCGGAAAAACCCAAAAAGAAAACUAACACAAGGACUACUAGAUCGAGCAGUAGAAAAAACAAUUAGGAAAUCAGUUAGUUCUAUAAUAGUUCUAAUAUACUGACAAUUCAAUAUUUGAAAAAAUUGUUUCAUAUUAAAUUGUUCGUUAUGAAUCUAAAGUUUGUAAUAAUAGAUAAGAUUUAAUCUUUUUUAUUUUAGCCAAAUUUUUCGUAGGCAAUUGUUUAAUCGAAAAUUACAUAUGCCAAUAACAAAACUUUUUGUCAAAUUUAAAUGAAUUACAGACAAUGGUUUACUAUAAAAUCAUUUCUAGUGAAAUAUCAAUUUUAGAAUAAUUCCCUCAAAAGUUAUCAAAAUUUUAUAACA